AUGGGCUCUCAACACCCGGCAACGAUAUAUGCAGAGUUGCUCUCAAACAUCAGGCAAAUAUCUGUUGUUGCAUCCCUAUCAUCACCAGCAGAUCCUUCCACAAAAGCCGAUAUCUCAAAUGGGGGUCGUCAACUCAACGUGACGCAUCAAGGUCAUACAGAGAGUAUCACCUUGCCAGCGCAAACUUCUGUCGCAGGAGAUCUGCCGGUGGCCCAGACUGGGCGACCAAGUCUAUCAUGGAGACUGCCGGUCUCACCAGCAGAAGCGAAACCUGCCCAUUUCUCCCUAGAGAACCAGGCGUUACCGUGGACAUCUGUUGACAUGAAGAUGGGGUCGCCGGUAGGCUGCCGAAACUGCGGAAGCGAAUUUGUUGCCGAGGACACCAUCAAAACAUGGAAGGAUCUGCCAAGUGAUAACUGGGCCGAAAUGAUGGAAUUUUGGCAUUGUCAUAAACCUCAUGAUCAUGAUCAUCAAGACUCUGAGUCCCUAGCCACCAAAGGCUACGGUGCCAAUCAUGCUAUAUCAGCCCAACAGGGCGUCGGCUUUGUCGACUUGACUUCAUUUCUCUUUACAGAAUCUGACUGCCGAGGCUUAAAAUAUUCCUCCACAACCAUGGAAGCUGGAUUCGAUAUGUCCUCGUUGGCACUUGAAGACGAUGAAAAUAACAAGUUCCUACACGUAUUCUGUCGAAAGUGCGCAACAGAAGUAGGCUUGUACAACAUUGCGGCAUUGUCUGUCACUCUGUUUAAAUGGCAAAUUACUUGCCAAACUGAUACUCCAGACCCGAGCCCAAGCAGUCCAGAGUGCCUUGCAGCGACUCUCAUGGCUACAAUCUCGAGGUCAGGAUCAUCCAAGUCCAUCAUCACGCCACAUGUUCUUGGAUCUGUAAAGUCGGACUCAUCUGUUACACAACAGAACCUCCACCUUUGGGUGUUAAAUCCCAACGUGGUAUACGCAGCGUCUUCUACCACAGGCUCCAAGACGGCAAUGAAGAUACUCUACAAGCAUAUCGAGUCUUCAGAGGGCGAUAAGCUGAUUACGUCCAUGACUUCAGACGUCCAAGAGAUCACUCUACCUGAAGCAGCCAUCAAAGCUGCAGAGGAGUGCUUGUUGACGAGCAGUCAGUUACUGCCAGCUCAAGAAAGGACCUUUAAGGAGUGGAAUGUUGGAUUGCUUGGAAGAUGGGAGCCUUCUUCCUGA